ACCGAUUUGACCCCCACUACUCUCAAUCAAGGCACUAUCGGCCAGUAUUGGGAGCGCAUUGACCGGCACAAAGUUGACGAUUACUUGAGCAAGCUGAAGAUCAGCUCGGCUCAAAUAUAUUACACUAACGUAAUCGAUCUUGGAAGCUACUGUCCACCCGAAUGUGUAUCGCAAUAUUACUACAACAACGAUUCUUCUGGCCAAGACGCGCAACAAAAUUUUACUGCCACUAAAAACAUUGAAGCAGUCUACAACUACUUUGGUAUGGACCACGGAAUUUCCUCUGAGAUCAUGGACAAGUACGACCUCCCCACUCGACAGCAAGGCAAACGAGUUACAGUUAAAAAUGGCAUACAAAACCCACAGCAUCAUGACAUUGCUUUUAUUCUCGGAGAUAAUAUGUCUAUUGCUGCGAGUUUUAAGACUAAAUUUUAA